AUGGUGAGAGACAAGCUCAGGGGAAGCAAGCCCCGGUUGGGGCCACCCCUUCCAUCUCCCAGAUGUGGAGAUUCCCCAGCUUGGAAAAAAGAUGUCCCCAGCCCAUGUCCUCUGCCUGCCUCUGGGACCUGGAGACACACAAAAGCCCAGGAGGAGGAGGAAGAGGAGGAAGAUAAAUAUGAGCUGCCCCCCUGUGAGGCUCUACCCCUCAGUCUUGUCCCUGCCCACCUUCCUGGCACCGAGGAGGACUCUUUGUACUUGGGUAGGGGUUGGGAAGGUGAGGAAGGGAGUUGGGUGGUCAGGCAGGACAGAGGGUCCCCACAAGAAAAGAGGGUGCAGACCUUGCCUCUUCUCCCUUUGUAUGUGCUGGGCCACGGAAGGGGGGGACAACAGGAACCUGUGUGGGAGGAACCCACGCACCCACAAUGCUUGGGGCCUUUUCCAGAUCACCCUGGCCCCCCGGGCCCGUGCAAGUCACCGCCACCGCCACCGCGACCCCAGCCCCAGCCCACAACGCUGAAGGCAAUACUGAGCCUGCAGGAGGCUAGGAAGCAGGGACAGCCCUUUGGGAAGCAAGAGUUGGCUACACCGGCCAGAAUGGUGCCAAGCCCUCCAAAGAAAUCUGAUGAGAACAUCUACCUGGAAUGUGAGCCCAGUCCAGUCCUGGCCUUGACUCGAACUCUGAGCUCUCAAGUCCUGAUGCCCCCAGACCCUCUUCCAAGGACAUCAGUGGUGCCCAGGUCCACCGUAGCCCCCCAGGAAGCUUGGAAUGGAGCAGCGAACGACACUUCUAAAGCAGGAAGGAGAUCCUCUCUUUCCUGCAUAGCACCCACCCGGAGCACCUCAGCUGCUGAGGACAGCAGCCUUCUGGGUCAGCCUUGGUACUCAGGGAACUGUGACCGCCAUGCUGUUGAGAGUGCCCUGCUCCAAUUCCGAAAGGAUGGGGCCUACACUGUGCGCCCCAGCUCAGAGCCUCAUGGCUCACAGCCCCUUACCCUGGCAGUGCUUCUCCAUGGCCGGGUCUUCAACAUUCCCAUCCGGCGGCUGGAUGGUGGGAGCCACUAUGCCCUGGGCCGGGAGGGCAGGAACCACGAGGAGCUGUUCUCCUCCGUGGCUGCCAUGGUCCGGCACUACACACAGCACCCGCUGCCCCUUGUGGACAGACACAGCGGUAGCCGUCAGCUCACCUGCCUGCUCUUCCCCACCAAGCCCUGACGCCAUGGCGGACUGUACACAGCCACCUCUGGCCCCGUAGUUUGCUCCUUGCCGGGGCCAUCCUGGGCUGUCUCCCUCUUGCCUCUCCCAAGUCUCCACCCUUCCAGACCCUCCCCACCCCCUUGCCCCAGUCCCUGCAGGCCUGGAUGAGAGGCUUUGGGAAAGGUUGCCCAGAGGCAGCAAGAGCCCCUGAGACCCCACCCCAUGUUCACCUGGAGCCUGGCACUGCCCUGCCCUGCUGCAUCUCCAAGGAUUGGAAGCAGGCAUCACGCAGCGUCCCCAUUCCCAGCCCCCAGGCAUGGCUGUGUCUGCACUGUUUACUAGAGCCUCCCAAGCUGCUUUGGAUGAAAGCCUCCCCGGGGAAGCUGAGCCUCAGGGAAACAGCCCGGGGUACUGCUUGGACACAAAGAGAAUCCUUUCACAUUCUUUCGGGGACUUAACACAGGGCUGGCAUCUUUGCUUACACUGUACAUGGUCCGCUUUCAAUAAAUAUUUGUU